AUGGACGUCUUCAAAACCCAUGACAUCUACCCUGACAUCUCCAGUCUCUCUCCCACCAAGCUCAAGCUGAAUAUACACGCCAAUGUGAUGACUACAAUGCCAAUGAUGAAGCAUCAGCCAACCCACAGUGUCACAAGCUCUGGUGGUGGAUGCGAUGAAGCCCAACCGGCACCUCCCAGUCCACCUCCUUCUAAUAUCCCUGACUUUGACUGGGGUCUUUUUGACAACCCCACCAGUGCUAUUCUUGAUCCAUUGCCUGAGGAGUGGGAAGUGGCCGCAAUUGCACAGGUGGUUCAGGAUCAUUGUGAUGCUCUCUCAACGUGGUCAGCAGGUACAUCACAUGUUACACACAAAGUGCUUAACAAAGUCCGAGGGUUUGUCGAGGUUUGUAAAGAGACUUAUCCAAGGACAAGUUUGAGAAUGUGGUUCAGAGUUGAGUUCUUCCAACAAGAGUUGGUCUUCUUCUGA